GCGCCACGGGGUUUUAUAUUUAGACCCCAGCGAGGCGCAACAGCAGCUGAAUGAAGUUCAGCGGAUCCGAGGAAUUUCACGCCGGAUUCGCGUUCAACUUUCCUCGCGUCGACAAUACCUGGUGCCGGUUUCUAGCGGCUGGAUCACCGUGACUCGCUGUGUGUCGGCUGACUUUGAGUUGUUAUGUGGCGUAACAGUUUUAAUAAGGCGCGCUUGUUGAAACAUUUCAGUAUGAUAAAGCCUACUAUUAACUAACUUUACGUUUUUUACAGUCAUACGUGACCAAAUUGUCAUCGCAGGAUACCUGUGGCUUGCUGGAGUACACGCAGCCUUCAUGAGUGGCUUCACAGUGCGUGUCAUUGGAUGGGGUCUUGUGAGUUUAAUUUACAGCACAAGUCAAUGGGACGUCAGUCAGUCUAGAACACACGUAGAGCACAUUCAGUCACUGUAAACACAGCUCGUUGGAUAGACCUGCUUAAGAAAUGUCGGCGAUAUCUGCGUGCGAGAAAGUGGAUGGGUUCACGCGGAAGUCUGUGAGGAAGGCUCAGAGGCAGAGGGCUGGUCAGGGCUCGUCUCAGUUCGCGGUGAGCAGCAGCAGGCCCUCGGCUCCGGAGAUCUCCGCGCUCCCGCAGCUCAAAGAUGCCUCUUCCACAGAGCAGCACGAGCUGUUCAUGCAGAAACUACAGCAGUGCUGCGUAAUGUUCGACUUUUAUGACACAGUGACUGACCUAAAGGGCAAAGAGACCAAACGAGCCACUCUCAGUGAACUUGUGGAUUAUGUGUCCACUAACAGAGGAGUUCUGGUAGAGCCCGUCUAUCCUGAGAUCACCACCAUGGUUAGCACAAAUAUUUUCAGAGCGCUUCCACCCAGUGAAAACCCUGACUUUGACCCAGAAGAAGAUGAACCUACUCUAGAAGCCUCCUGGCCACACAUGCAGUUGGUGUAUGAGUUUUUCCUUCGAUUCCUAGAAAAUCCAGACUUCCAGCCAAGUACUGCAAAACGUUAUAUUGACCAGAAGUUUGUGCUACAGCUCUUAGAACUGUUUGACAGUGAAGACCCUCGAGAGAGAGAGUUUAUAAAAACGAUUCUGCAUCGCAUCUAUGGGAAGUUUCUGGGUUUGCGUGCCUUUGUUCGGAAACAGAUCAACAACAUUUUUCUAAGAUACAUCUAUGAAACGGAGCACUUUAAUGGAGUUGCUGAGCUCCUUGAGAUUCUGGGCAGUAUCAUCAAUGGCUUUGCUCUGCCGCUGAAGGCUGAACACAAGCAGUUCCUCAUGAAGAUCCUCAUUCCCCUGCACACUGCCAAAGGACUCGCACUGUUCCACGCACAGCUGGCCUACUGUGUGGUUCAGUUCUCAGAAAAGGACCCGACCCUCACUGAAGUGGUGGUUCGUGGCCUUCUUAAAUUUUGGCCUAAGACAUGUAGUCAGAAAGAGGUCAUGUUUCUGGGGGAAAUUGAAGAGAUCCUGGACGUUAUCGAACCAACGCAGUUCAAGAAGAUUCAGGAGCCUUUAUUUAAGCAGAUCUCUAAAUGUGUAGCCAGCCCUCAUUUUCAGGUCGCGGAGCGAGCGCUGUACUACUGGAACAAUGAAUACAUUUUGAGUCUAAUCGAGGAGAAUAAUGCCAAAAUCCUUCCCAUCAUGUUUGGAAACCUGUACCGGAUCUCCAAAGAACACUGGAACCCGACGAUCGUGGCCCUGGUGUACAAUGUAUUAAAAACACUGAUGGAGAUGAACAGCAAGCUGUUCGAUGAACUGACGGCCUCUUACAAAUGUGACAGACAGAGAGAGAAGAAGAAAGAGCAGGAACGGGAGGAACUGUGGAGGAAGCUGGAUGAACUCAGAACUCAGGAGACAUCGGCCCUCCAGAAUAACAGGCAUGAGAUCCAGUUCACGUACAACAACAACAACAAAGCUUCACCGUGAGGAUGAAAACCCAGCAGCAGCCGUUAACUGGGACAAAUGACACUGCCCUCUCUCUUCUGUCCUCAGUAUUACAGAUGUAAACCAAUGUAGAGAGCAGUAAGGACAUGGACCUUCAGCAAUAAUCACUUUUGAGGGAGAUUUUUUUUUUUUUUUUUUUCAAAAGCCUAUGUAAAAUGAAAUCGAAAUGCUAUUUUCUCCUGCUUAAAGGGUCAUAUAUUUUGUGUAUGUAAAAGUGUGGUUAGUGUAAGUAAUGAAAGUGCGAUCACAUUUGCUCUUUGGUGAAUUUUCACUAGUGAAAUUGAGAAAUUUCAAUAGAAAUCCAAGUGAUCUGGAAUUUUGUGUAUUGAUGAAAGUUUUCCCAGCAAAUUUGGCAAUGGGUUCAGGUGGAGUCACCACACUGACCAAUAGAAAACUGCUUACUUAAAAAAAAAAAAAGUCUGCCACUACUGCACACUACUGCCAACAGAGCUUUUCUCUGAAACUUCACUAAUGUGACUGCAGUUAUCCUCCGUAUUUAUGCCUGAAACUGUAAUUACAAUAAAUGUAUAUCUAGAAAGAAUGUAUUUUUAAGAAUAGCUUCUAGUUUUUACUAGAAAAUGACAAAAAUACUGAGAAAAGAAAAUAUUUGUGGUGGCGAACUCUAUAUUGAGACAUGAGCAAACUUUAAAAAUGAAAUGUUUCAGACCAAAAAAAAAAAAAACAGCAAAAGCAAACACUACCAUGAAUUUGAAAUGUAAAUGUGACCCGAGCUGAAUAUUAACAUCUGACGCAUGAUAUGUAAGUUCUGUUCUAUGGAAGUGUCAAAAAUUAGCCUUAGAAAUGCAAGAAGUGAAGCACAAAUGUAGUGAACCUGGUCGGAAAGCCCUGUCCAUGUUGUUCUCAUAAUACCAGCCUUUAAAUACUAUAUUUUAUUAAAAACUCAUUGCUUUCUGUGUCAUCCGGAUCCACUGACCAUGCAUUUUGCAGGUUGGGAUUAAAACAAAUAGAUCAUUCUUAGACGUAACUUAUCUCAGGGAUAACUAAUGCUCCCCACAUGUUACAGAACGCUGACGAAGGGGUUUUGUAGUUCUUUAUUUUCUCAAAAAUAAAUAUGUGAUAUGUUUAAAGAAGCGAUCGAUAUUAUAAACGAGACUCACUGACAUUCCUUUAUUGCUUUGCUUCAACCAAAAACGGUCUCAUCGCUAUGCAGUUAUGUCUUCAUGAGAUUUCCUGUGAGAAUGUGUAAGAUAACCUUGUUGUUAUGUGCUAUCCUGCAUUAAAAUGCCCAGCUGAUGUUUAUUUUAUCCACGUCAUAUUAUUGGUCUGUAAACGAUAUACUGCUUUCAUAUAGUAAUUAGAGAAUACAGAUGUGAAUGCAGAUUUAAUGUGAUUAAAACAAGGAGACAUGGUGUAAAGUUUGAA